UAUACGAACAAUAUAAUAAUAAUAUUGCCAUGUCUUUGAACGAAAAAAAUGCAUCGAAACUUGAAUAUCUACAUGUUCAUAAUGUUUGUACAAUUACACUUUAAAAUUAAUUGGCCAAGACUAAUUAGAUGUAUUAUUUUAUUUAUACAAAUUUGUAAGAUAGUUUAUAAGUUAGGUACUUUGUUUUAUUAAAUAGACAGGUAUUUUCAAAAUGCACAAUUGUCUACAAUUAGCGCCUUAAUAUUCAACUUUCCUUUUAAAAAUAAAUUUCCAUAGUGUUUUUAACUUUUUUAAAAGUUCUUAUUUUACCUUAAAUCUGAUGAUUUUAUCUGAUUUUUUGAAACAAUAGUUACCAUAAUUAAUAUUAUAUACUAUUAAAUUACUCGAAAUAGAUUAUUGAUUUCGCUCUAUAAUUUUCAAUGAUUUUAUCUGUAUCUAACUCUAUAGAAUUAACUGCCAAAGACCUAGUUGUUUAAUAAAAGAAAUUUAAAUGUGGUUAAAAUAUAGCAAAACCAAACUAAUUAUUUUACUAUAAUGCAGUGACCUUCAACCAGUCGCGUAAGCUUUAAGAUUAGGCUGUGAUAAAUAUUUUGUUCAAAGUUUAAAAAAAAUUAAUGUUAUACACAGUUUUAUUAAGUGUAUACUCAUUAAUUCAAUUAAGAAAAAACAUUUUACGUAAUGUGCUAUGUAUCACUUUAUGGUAUUAUGUUACUGCACUAUUGUAUGCUAUAUGACGUCAGAUAUAAUAAUUUAUGAGUAAACCGUAUCAUAUUUCAUAUUAAUAGAAGAUAAGAAUGAACAAAUUCUAUUAAUAUUUCCAAUGACAUAUUUAUGUGAAUAGAGGUUUUUAACUAUGUCACAACUUUAUUUUGUUAUAUGUAUUUUUUGUAUCAUAACAUGUAAUAAAAUUAAAUUUUACCUAAAAAAAAGUUAACUUUUAUUUAUUCAGUAAUAAAAGCAUUUCUAUAAUAGCAUACUAAGCUAUUAAGUAAUUUAAACUUUUUUUUUGAUAUUCAUAGCUAACAAAGUUGACAUGGGUUGCGAAAAAUGUAUGGUAGAAAAAGUGGGACGAGUCAAAAAGGUUGAAGACAACUGCUAUAAUGUACUAUUUUCUUCUCCUUUACUUUCAUCCCAAUUAUUUGGUUAAGGCCCCUCUUGUCUUAAAUUUACACUUAACUUGAUCCCCCACAUAUACUUGCUAUAUACUAAUUAAUUUACUAAAUAAAUUCUUAAGAUUGAAUUUUUGUUACAUGAUUGUUUUUUAAUAUUUGAUAAUUUAUUUUAAGGUUUAUGAAAACAUAGCAUCACAUUUUAGUGAAACGCGACAAAAACCUUGGCCAAAUGUACUCAAAUUUUUAGAACAAUCUAAACCGGGUUCAAUUAUCCUUGAUGUUGGUUGUGGAAACGCAAAGUAUUUCACAAAUACUACUGAUGUUUAUCAAGUAAAUAUAUUUAAUAAUACCUAUUGAAUUAUUCUAUAAUACUAUAUAAACAUUAUAAAUUUUAAGAUAGGAUGUGACCGAAGUACACAAUUAGCGCAAAUAUGUAGAGAUCGUAAUCAUCAAGUAUUCAACUGUGAUUGCCUUCAAAUACCGCUGCGGUCACAAUGUGUUGAUUUGUGUAUUAGUAUAGCUGUUCUUCAUCAUUUGGCGACAAACGAUCGGCGUUUAAAAGCUCUAACAGAAAUUAAUAGAGUGCUAGCAGUCGGAGGCCAAGCCCUAGUAUACGUGUGGGCAAAAGAACAAUGUAGAAACCAAAACCUAUCCACUUAUUUGAAACAGAACAAUACUAAUAAACAAAAGCCAAAAUCUGCAAGUGAAAUGACUAAAGAAUUUUGUGUGGAAUCAAUUGAUAUUAAUCUCCCAGUACACAUUAAUCGGUCAAAUUUUGUACAUAACGAUUUAUUGGUUCCAUGGAAAUUAAAUCAAAAGAAAAAUCAGGAACAUGAACCUCAAAUGCAUCUGAGAUAUUAUCAUGUAUUUGAAGAAACUGAAUUAAAAUAUUUAUGUGAACAAAUUCCAAAUUGUAAAAUUGUUGAUUACUAUUAUGAUCAGGGUAACUGGUGUGUAAUAUUUGAAAAGACUAAAAUUUAAUAACAAUAUGUUUUUAAUUGUUAAACCUUUUAAU